AGUGUGAAUCAGCUCCAAUAGCUGCCAGCCUCCGAGUCCUCCGCCUCGUUCCAGCGCUCUCACUGGGUUACUCUCUAUCUCUUCCUCUAUCUCUCCCCCCCCUCUAUCUCUCUCUGUCUGCUCCACAUUCACACAGACAACACACACAGACAGACAGACACACACACACACACACACACACGGCAACACAUCACCACUUAGAUACACCACGCUCACACAAUCACACCGGCAUCACUCCAGUCAGGAAGAGGAAGGCACCACCGGCACAGAGAGAGAGAGAGCGAAGGGGAACGAGUAAAAAGGGACAGAGGAAAAAAAGGGAGAGAGAGAGAGAGAGAGAAAAAGAAAGAAAGUCACUCGUCCCUCUUUUGCCAGCCACACUCACCCAGCCGUCGCCAGACACUGUGCCCAGGAUGUGGCUCCUACUCUUGGGGAUGACCUCUGGACUAUUGGCCCCUACCAGGUCGGAUCUCCUUCAAGUCAAGUCCCGGAGCUGUAGCUAUGCGGGCGUGUUCCAGAUGGAGGGCGCCAAGCGAUACGCGCUCACCUACACCAUGGCAGCCCAGGUGUGCGAGCAGCUCGGGAGCACCUUGGCCAAUCGGGAGCAGCUGCAGGGAGCCUACAACAUCUCUAUGGAAACAUGCAGGAAUGGGUGGAUCAGCGACCAGUCCAUCGUCAUCCUCAGACACCACCGCCAUGAGAACUGUGCCAAGAACACCACAGGGUUCAUCGUCCGUGCUGUGGAAAGUCCCUUGGAUAAAUCUGAUGCCUAUUGCUACGAUAAGAAUGCUGAUAAGGCCAUGAACUGUUCAAAGAAAAUCGACAGCGGCGAGCCUGCGGAGGAAUCAGACUCAGACGACCUCUCGGACGGAACCAAAGCCCACAACCAGACGAUCGCCUGGGCCACGGACGUCCAGGUGGAUCUCGAGUUCCCGGUCAACGCCACUUCCCAGCCCACCCCGUCCGAGGCGGCGGGUGAGGACACCACCCCCACCCCGAGGGCGAUGGUGACGGGGGGGGAGACGCAGGCCGGGUCUGGCAUGAUGUCCACAACCUCGGAGGAGGAGACGCCCCCCACCACCACCAACUACCCGGAGGAGCUCGAGAACUAUAAGCCCGAGGAGGAUGUGCCCACCCCCUCUCACCCCCAGGGGUACACUGAGCAUGAGCCUGAGCCUGAGAGGGAAACGGUGACGGAUGUGGAGGAAGUUCCACUGCCGACUGAGUCCAGGAACAGGAUGAACGUCAUGGCAACGGAAUCUCCAGCUUCAGCCGAGGAAGCCUCGUCAGGCAAGUGGGUGAUCAUUGGUGUGAUUGUUGCCGUGGUCGCAGUCCUUCUCAUCUGUGCAGCUGUCGCUAAGAAAAACAGCUGGUGUGGGAAGCACCAGACCCUGAUGAUCUCCUCCAAGGACAACGGCGGGGAGGGCAACGGGGCCCCGGCGGUGGUGGCCAGCUCCCGCGCCCAGGAGAGGGAGCAGGAGAUGGUCACCCUCAUGACCAAGGAGAAGAUCCAGGAGAACGGCAAGGGGGACGAGGAGUUCACCGUCAUCACCCUGGAGGAGUCCUCCGACAAGGAGCGGCAGGGCGCCUGA